UGGACUGCGGCGGCGGAGCUUUGGAGAGCCAUGGCUUAUAUCCUGGGGAUUAUUAGUAGCAGCUUUUAACAGGAAAACGCCGGGGGAAAAUGGCAGACAGGCUGGAGUGGGUGGAAAUUAUAGAGCCUCGCACCCGGGAGAGGAUGUAUGCCAAUCUCCUGACUGGGGAAUGUGUAUGGGACCCUCCAGCUGGUGUACGGAUCAAGCGCACCAGUGAUAACCAGUGGUGGGAACUCUUUGACCCAAACACCUCUCGAUUCUAUUACUACAAUGCCACCACCCAACGUACCGUGUGGCACCGGCCGCAGAACUGUGACAUAAUUCCAUUGGCCAAGCUGCAAACGCUGAAACAGAAUACCGACUCCCCGAGGGCCUCUACCGAUAACAGCCCUGGCAGGAACAGCAAUGUGAGCCGUGAAGGUAGCACCUCUUCCUCACUGGAUCAGGAUAUCGAAGGUGGGGAAUCCAGAGGUGCCGCACCACUGGGGAAGACAGCACAACAACAGCAGCAACAACAACAGCAGCAGCACACCCUGGGCAGAGAGGACUCUGAGAGGACUUCUCCGUUUCGAUGGAACACUGGAACCAAGGAGAGGAUGUUAAUCAAAGUGACGGACAGAGAGCCAAGUUUUCUGGCACACCAAGGAAAUGGCUUCUCCACUUGCGAGGGAUCCAGCAGCACCGGUGGAACACGAUCUCGACGAUCCUCUGGAAACCAACCCACGCCCCCUGAACCUGACAACUCUUCCGUCUUUUACCCUGAACGGCGCCAGUCUCCCUUUUUGAAACGAGCAGACAUUGGGGGUUCCCCUUUAAUGGGGCGUGGGGACCCAUUUCAACAUCGACGACCUUCGGGGGACUCUCAGCCCCCUUCGCCCCGCUAUGCGUAUGAGCCACCCUUGUAUGAGGAGCCCCCUUCAGAGUACCAGGCACCAAUUUAUGAAGAACCUCCCACAGACAUGCACUGUGAAUCUUCAGCUUCUCACUAUGGGAAGGCUUGCUCCCCCCAGCAGAAAUCGCCAGGCCGCAAACCACAGCUACCGCUCUUCCACUCGCCCAAGCAAGGUAGCUCCCAUUCCCCCUAUCAGCAGCUUGUACUCACUAAGCAGAAAUGUCCAGAGAAGUCUGUUAGUCUUGAGUACAGUCCAGCGGGCAAAGAAUAUGUCAAGCAACUUGUCUACGUUGAGCAGUCUGGCUCCAGCCCACGCUUUAAAACUGCUGACAGGUUACAUCGCUAUCAACCAGCCAACACUAUUUGUGUGGGCGGAGGAGGCUUUGGCGGCUCAUAUACACUGCAGCAUAGCCAGUCACUAAUCCGGGACCCAAGGACCACUGAUUACAACUCAAGUGAUCCCUGUGAGCUGCGACAAAUUCUUUAUGAUGAUUCCAUGUCUUGGACAAACCAGCAGGACUCUUUCAUGUCUACCGGUGGCUAUUCACCAGGAAGUCGCAAGAGGAAAACCCGUAAGCCUUCUUUACCGCAGGAGAUGCUGGCACACUGUGGUGAGAGCAUGGCGGACUCUGAAUCAGGUGGAGGUACCAUUGGAAGACAACAUCAAGGCAUGUCUGUGGCUGAAUCUCCCAGGUCUGGGUACGCUGAGCCCUUUCUUGCACAGGCCAGGCUAGCUUGGGAGGCUCAGCAGGUGCACCAGAUGCGACAGCGUAGUAGUUGGGAUGCAGGACAACAGCAGCAGGCAUCACUGCCCUGCCAAACACUGCAGCAGCAGGCAAAAGAUGGGUAUGAAAGUGAUGGAGCACUACCCCCACCUCUUCCUGGUCCAGUUGUGCGCGCUUUUAGUGAGGACGAAGCUUUAGCACAGCAAGAAGGUCGCCACUGGAAAAGAAGCAACUUUGAGAAGCUAGGUUUCCCGCAGGUCCUCCUAGAGAAGAGUCUUUCUGUUCAAACUAAUCUGGCCUCCCCUGAGCCUUAUCUGCAUCCCUCACAGUCAGAAGAUCUGGGGGCUUGUGCCCAGUUUGAGGCCAGUCGUAACGCCCGGAAUAUGAUGCCUAGUGCAAGCUGUGUGUUCCCCGAGUUCACAUUGCGGAAACCCUCUUCUGAGACUGACAUUGAAAACUGGGCCUCCAAGCACUUCAACAAGCACACGCAAGGCCUUUUCCGCCGGAAAGUCUCCAUUGCCAACAUGCUAGCCUGGAGCAGUGAGUCCAUCAAGAAGCCGAUGAUCAUGACAACGGACCGGAGUGUAAAGAAGGAGGCAGUGGAUCUCUUCAAGCUUAUUCAAAUGUACAUGGGCGAUCGGCGGGCCAAGACGGACCAGCUUAAUGUGGCUCUGGAGAUUGCUACCAAAGGCUGGAUGGUGCAAGGACUCAGAGAUGAGCUCUACAUCCAGUUAUGUAGGCAGACCACUGAAAACUUUCGGUACGACAGCCUGGCGCGAGGCUGGGAGCUUAUGGCAAUCUGCCUUGCCUUCUUCCCACCCACACCCAAAUUUCAUUCUUAUCUAGAAGGGUACAUCUAUCGGCACAUGGACCCUCUCAAUGAUACCAAAGGGGUUGCCAUCAGCACAUAUGCCAAGUACUGCUACCGUAAGCUGCAGAAGUCAGCACUGACUGGGGCAAAGAAGGGCCUGCAGAAACCAAACCUGGAAGAGAUCCGGCAUGCCAAGAAUGCAGUGUUCAGUCCCUCGAUGUUUGGAAGCUCCCUGGAGGAAGUUAUGGCCAUGCAGCAGGAGCGCUACCCAGACCACCGACUUCCCUGGGUCCAAACGCGCCUCUCUGAGGAGGUCUUGGGUCUCAAUGGGGACCAGACGGAAGGCAUCUUCAGAGUCCCAGGCGACAUCGAUGAAGUCAAUGCCCUGAAGUUGCAGGUGGACCAGUGGAAGAUACCUACUGGCUUGGAAGACCCACAUGUUCCUGCAUCGCUUCUGAAGCUGUGGUAUCGCGAGCUAGAAGAGCCACUGAUUCCUCACGAAUACUAUGAGGAGUGCAUCACCCACUAUGAGAACCCUGAGGCUGCAGUGCAGGUGGUCCACGCACUGCCAGAGAUCAACAAGCUGGUCCUCUGCUACCUCAUCCGCUUCUUGCAGGUUUUUGCCCAACCCUCCAAUGUUACAGUCACUAAGAUGGAUGUAAACAAUCUGGCGAUGGUGAUGGCUCCCAACUGCUUGCGCUGCCAGUCUGAUGAUCCCCGCAUCAUAUUUGAAAAUACACGCAAGGAGAUGUCCUUCAUCCGUGUCCUUAUCCAGCACUUGGACACCAGCUUCAUGGAAGGACUGCUAUAGCAAAGAGGGCUGCAAGGCUAGCAGGGAGACAGAGAAUUUAAAGAGAGGAUCCAGGGUCAAACAAACUGCUCAGAAGAAGACAAAACAGGGAUACCUUACCUUACAGAUGUGGCCUCCGGCCAGUGAGUGGCAUCCUUUGGCAUGGCACACGGUGUUUUCAGGAGCAGAGGCGUUAUGUGCUAAAAUCGAGGCUACAGAAUGAGAGAAAAUUCAUCCGACACGAGGGCCAUGCCAGACUUGUUCUCUCACUUGCUGUUCACCAGAUUGUCAGCCAUCUGAUGUAUACGUUGUGUAGGAGUAGCGUGUCUGUCUAUCUGUCAGUGUGUAUGUCAGAGUGAGCAUGUUGCACAUCAUUUCAGGACUAAAUUGGGAAUUAAGUCAUGAAAACAUCUCUUUUUUAAUUAUUAUUAUUAUUAUUAUUAAAUACAUGCGUUGGAGAUAGUGUUAGGGAGAUCCUUUCACAGUGGUAAUUUCUAUAGAGUUUGUAGGGGUUUUUUUUUUUCUUCUCAAGCGGACUUUGUUUUGUAUAUUUAUUUGACUUUUUUAUAUCCCUGUUAGACAAGGUUGGUAAACGUGUGCCUGUGUGUGUGCGUGUGCAUCACAAAGUUUGUUCUGUUGGUGGUAAAUUUUAUAUGGCCCACAAAGAGAGAGGGAGAGGAUUCUUCCUACGAAUUUCUUGGCUAUGCCAAAACUUUAAUCAGGCUCAAUAUUUUGCUGCAUGUGAGGCAUCUUUAACAUCUGGCUGAAGAUGGGGUUAGAAGAGAGAAAUAGAUGUUUUUUUAUUCUUGGUGCUGAUUGUGGCAAUGUCUGUAUGUAAGAUGGAGUUUAGUCAUGGUGGG